UCUUAUGCAAGUGUUUACUGACACCAUUGUGUUUUCAAAUGUGUAAUGGACAUCUUAUGCCGUUCAGGGUUGAACAGAUCAACUUGUGCUUUGAAUGAGUAGAUUUUUGGGAAUACCCGAACAAGAACAGAUUUCAAUGAUAAAGAAAUUAAGCGUUAGUAGUGAAUGAUUCAACAAAAUUAACAAUUUCUCGCUUGGAAAAAUAAGACACGUAGACAGGAUAGCGACUGAAAUGUCAAAAGGGCAGGGGAGACCAAAGAGGAAAUUUCUUAAAAAAAACAAACAAACAAACAAAAAAAAAAACUUUCUGCUCAGAAAACAAUACCUCUUUUAAAAAUCCAGAUGAUCCUAAAACAAAAGCAGCAGUUUGGAUGGGAGUAGAGGAAGGGAGGGAGUCUUAGAUAAAUACAAGUUAAUGGGUCAUAAUGAUGUCUAAUGACAGACAUCGCUUUCCUUUGGGACACAAAGAGCGAUGGAAACAAACAAAUGAUAAGGAAAAUAAAAACAACAGUCCACCGGCUCUGGUCUGCAUGCAGUGAAACACUAUGUAAAUGGUUGUUGAGCACUGCACAGACAUUCAGCAUGCUCUUGCCUGGGAGAAAACAGAUCUUUGGUGAACAUUUUUUCUUCAUGUUUUGGGAUAAAAACUUAUUGGUCUGACUCUUUACAAGCAGGAAAAAAGAAAUGACUGACACCUCCCUGUGAGAAGAGAGAAGAAGGACAACUACAGAAGAAGCACAACCUAGAGGGACAACUUCUUUCUAACAUCUUUAUUUUGUUAAAAUCAUCAAUAAUCAAGGAGUUUAUAAAUAUCGUACAUCAACAGGAGAGACAGACAUCUUUGGAAAGAUCUUACUUUUGUGGAGCUCAUUAAUGAUGGCAGCACCCGAGGAUCUUUCAGCCGAUUCGAACCCUACCCAAACCGUGAAAUAUGAUCCAAAGUCUCAGACUGUGACGUUACCAAAUGGGUUGGUUUCAGUGGCAGGUGUCACGUUGGUGACGGGGGGAGCGGAGCUGUCCUGCGGCUCCUGUAUUUUGGCCUUUGGGGUUUGGGGCACUCUGGUUGGUUUGAGUGUUGUGUCGGUGGGUUUGUGGGAUCAUAUGGAGUACAAGAACAAUGGUCUAUCACACCUUCUGGCCUUUGGAUUGGUACUGCUGCUUAGCAGUUUGGGUCUGGUGGCUUUUAUCUUCAUCCUCCGUUUCUUUAUGAAAAAGAGAAGAAUGAUGGCCAGAAGAGAGAGGGCAGAAGCAAAUCUAGUGCUGUUUAAUGAGUAUGCAGAAGUUGUUUUAAAAAGAGUCACCGUGUAAUAGAGCAGUGAAGUGAAGAAAUAACUGAAUAUAUCAAACUAUCUGCUGGUCCAUCUUUUUGCUUGGUCGUGAAGGAAUGUCACAGGAAAUUCAUUGGAUUUAAUGCAUUUGCUAUUUCCUUUGUGAUUUCAGAACACAGAAGAGACAUAUUCGCUUCUGCAUUCAUGUCUUUAUUGUAAAUCUAACUUUCAGUGAAUAUUAUUCCAGAAGUUUUUCGCUUUUAAAUUGAUGCAAUGGCUAUAAUUGCAUCUCUUUUUAAAUAUGUGUACUGCAUGAUUGUGUAAUUUUGUCUGAGUGCAUCUCUAUUUUUGUAGCUAUGUAUUUUGAUAUAUUAAUAUAUCACCAAAAUCAUAUUUUCUCCAUUGCCAUAUACUAUCAUUAAGGGGAGAAAAAACAUGAACUCCUGACAGCAAUGGAAAUAUGUGGAAAUAUACAGUUCUGCAAUAUAUGAUGCAAUAUAUUAAAUAAUACAUUUCCAUGAAACUAUAGUGCUUAUCAAUAUAUUGCAAUAUAUCCAUGGACCAUGUAUGGAUAUUUAUUCAUACAUGCAAAAUACAUGCAAAUGAAGACAAUAACUGCACUGCAGAUUUACAAUAGCUUUAUUAAAACACUCAAUUAUAAUAGUUAAUGCUUGGGUUUACAUAAAGCUGAACACAUACUAUCUCGCUUUAUUGUUUGCAUAGUUACACAUUUGCUAUAUGAAAAUAUGUGUGAUGAUAUAUAAGAAAAAUGCCUGAAAUAUUUACUAAAAACAAAUAUUAAAAGUUUUGAUUUUUGGACAAUUGUAUUGUUAAAGUCAUGGCAACAUGGUGAGUGAAAAAUUAGAUUUGAUUGAAUUGAACUGAAUUGAUUGAGUACUUUAUGUUAUAUGUAUAAAUACAAAUACACAGAUAUAUAUCACAAUAUGUAUUUUCCUCAUAAUAUAUUGAACGUACAUGUUCCCAUGAAAUGUGAAUAUA